AGAUGCCGUAUAAACAAUUGAAUACGUCAUUUCGCGGUGCGGGUUGGAACGAGACCGAGGAGUGGGGGGACCUGGACGUGUUCUAUAGACCUGACGUGGUGAUCAUAGUGCUGUAUGUGGCUGUGCUGACGGCCUCGCUAUCCGCCAAUACGCUGCUCAUCUUCAUUGUAAUUAAAUUCCAAUACAUGAGAAGCGUGACCAACAUAUUUCUGGUCAACCUGUCAGUGGCGGACUUACUGGUGACGCUGUUCUGCAUGCCUGUGCAGAUCGCCAAAUCUGUCACGCUGCUGUGGUACUUUGGAGAGAUCAUGUGCAAAGCUGUCAAUUAUUUGCAAGGAGUAGCGGUAGCAUCUAGCGUGUUUACAAUUACAGCGAUGUCAGUAGACCGCUACCUAGCCAUCACACAGUCCCUUCGACAGCCAUGGAUGCCGUCCAGGCGAGGCGCGUGCUUUCUCCUUGCCGCUUUGUGGAUGGUAGCAUUGGCGAUCUUUGCUCCACUGCUUGCCGUUGCCACUGUCCAGAAAGAAAACAUACCGUUGUUGUCGAGGACACGGAAUGGGUCGUUGUGGGUUGAACGAGGUGUCGAAUUCUGCACAGAGACAUGGCCCGACUCUAUCAAGAAGGAGCUUUACGGAGCUUUCAGCUUUAUCCUCGUUUACGCCAUACCAGGCUGCAUUGUGGUGGUGUCGUACUCGCUGAUGGGCCGGCGGCUCUGCUCGGUGCUGCCCCCCUUCGACCAGACGGAGGGCAGCGUUAACAGUCAACAGCGCCUUCGACUGGUACGCGAGAGGAAGCGAGUGGCGUGGAUACUGCUCCUGCUGGCAGUUCUUUUCGCACUCUGCUGGCUGCCGUAUAACAUCCUGCAACUGCUAAUUGACGUCAACGCCGUGAAAGUUGAGUCCAUGGCGAUCGUGCUGCCGUAUACUUUACUCUUAGGUCACGCGAACUCUGCGAUAAACCCAAUAGUGUACUGCUUGAUGACGCGCAACUUCCGCCGGUCCUUGCGCAAGCUUCUCUGCCACGACACCGGUAACUUGCACUCUAGUACUCAUUUCCAUAUGCAAGGCUUACGUCAAAAAUCCAACACGUCUAGUAUGAGAACCUGCACGACGGUGACUUUCCGCAGCAGCAACCACCUUCGCAGCACACCGAGCGUUCAGUACGGGAGAGUCCAGAGGGCCACCUCUUACAGGGACAGUGGGUGGAGAGACCACCGAUAUCAUAAGCCGGCUCAGUUUCUUUAAAGACCAAAACACAUUGAGUUCGCUUAUUGCUAUCAUCGACUGCCAAACAAUUAAAUGGAAUAAAUAAAAAGAAUGGCCAUAGUAUACAAAAGUUAUUAUUAAGUGUUGGUGUAGCGAAUAAAAUGAUGAGGAAAUCAGUUGUGGAAACCUACGAGAGAGAGACUAAAUAAACUCGGUCAAAAUCGAAUUCAAAACAGAAGUCCCUACGAGUCGAUACCAUCUCAGCUCAAAUUCAAAAUUUU